CGAGGGGAGGUGACUGCAUCUCUCUCAAUGACAGAUUGCAGCAGUGCCUGUUUAUUUUGGUUUUCGCUUCUCUUCUUCGCACCCUUGACCCCUCUCUUAGUAGAUAGGAUGAGAGGAUGGCGAAAUGCCGAGAGACAAACGAGGAGAAGCUGAUGGAUUCUGCGGUCCAUCAGGAUCGCAGGGAUCAAGCGACUCCAGCGCAUCCCAAAAUGGAUAGUGAGGAUGAGAGCAACGAGCUGUCACUGGAGGAGAUUCUGAAGCUUUACAAUCAGCCGAUAAACGAAGAGCAGGCUUGGGCUGUCUGCUAUCAAUGCUGCAGGUCUUUGGCGCAGGGACACAAGGGGAGAAAUUCCAAAUCGGCCGGUGCUGUAGCAGUGGGCAGUGCGAGAAGGAUUGACGGUCCUGCUGAUGUGAGAAUCUAUAAAGAUGGUGUUAUCAGAUUGCAACAUCAUGGCACUGGUCCAGAAACCUUUGCCUCACCUUGCACAUCCAAACAGGUGAUUGAGUCUCUGGGCAUCAUGAUCUACAAGGCUCUAGACUAUGGCCUGAAGGAGAACGAGGAGCGAGAGCUGAGCCCUCCGCUGGAGAAGCUCAUCGACCUCAUGACCAACAUGGCCGACGCCGAGAGGGACACCUGCCCUGACGAGGGCUACGAGGCCACCGAGGAAGAGGAUGAGGAAGGUGAUGAUGACCCUACACUGGCCUGCAGUGUCCGAAGCUAUCGAGAAAUCCUGAAGAUGUGCUCCUCCCACCUCCCGAGUCCCUCCGAUGCUCCUGCUCACUACCAGGCGGUGUGUCGCGCCCUCUACACAGAAACCAGAGAGUUGCGCACCUUCCUGGAGAAGAUCCACAGCGCCAGAGAGAACCUGCGUAAAAUCGAGGGCGAUGCCGUGGACGACCCUGGCCGAGAGUUGACCGACCUGCAGAACGCUGACUGGGCUUGUUUCUGGGUGCAGGUGAUGAGGGACCUGAGGCACGGCGUGAAGCUGAAGAAGGUGCAGGAGCGCCAGUACAACCCGCUGCCCUUCGAGUUCCAGCUCACGCCCUACGAGAUGCUCAUGGACGACAUCCGCUUCAAGCGCUACAAGCUGCGCAAGGUCAUGGUGAAUGGAGACAUUCCUCCACGGCUAAAGAAAAGUGCCCAUGAGGUCAUCUUGGACUUUAUUCGCUCGAGACCACCUCUCAAUCCUGUGGCGGCUCGGAAGCUGAAGCCUGUGACAGAGCGUCCUCCAAGCCUCCACGAGAGGAUCCUGGAGGGGAUCAAGUCUGAGAGGAAGCUGAGGCCUGUGUCUCCAGACAUGAUCCGCAGGAGCAGACUAGGUGCAGGGAAAAGCAUCAGCUCCCCACAGGACCUGUUAUGCAGACCAGAUACAUCCUCCCCUGAUGGUGCGAGGAAGGCCGCCAGCACGCUCUCUCUGGCCAAUGGCGUGCCACCGCAUCAGAACGGCAGUGCUGGAUCUCAGGGCCUCUUUCAGAGGAGGAGGCUUCAAGCCCCCACACUGUCCGAGCUGGAUAGCUCCGACUCCGACGACGAGACGGUGGGUCGGAGAUCUGCCAGCAGCUCCAGCAUUGCAACGUCAGUGGUGGACGACACGUCUCCCGAAACUGCCCUGGGAAAGAAAACGCCGCCCAUGUUCCUGCCCAUCUCGUCCACCCCGCAGCCAGAGCGGCGGCAGAUCGCCCAGCGGAGGCACUCCAUAGAGAAGGAGACGCCCACUAACGUGCGCCAGUUUAUGCCUCCCACCAGGCAAAGCUCCAAGUCUCUGGAGGAGUUCUGUUACCCUGUGGAGUGCCUGGCGCUGACAGUGGAGGAGGUGAUGCACAUCCGGCAGGUGCUUGUCAAAGCCGAGCUGGAGAAGUUCCAGCAGUACAGGGACGUCUACAAUGCUCUGAAGAAGGGAAAGCUUUGCUUCUGUUGCCGAACUAAGAGGUUCUCUUUCUUCAUCUGGUCCUACACCUGCCAGUUCUGCAAAAGGCCUGUGUGUUCCCAGUGCUGUAAGAAGAUGAGGCUGCCGUCUAGGCCGUACGCCAGCCUGCCCAUCUACUCUCUGGGCCCAUCCACCUCCACGAGUACUGUGGCCAUGGAGCCGGCCGCUCAGAAGCCCGAGAAGGCCAGCGGGAGCCCCCGCCGACACGCCAUCCAGAGGACUAUGUCCAGGUUGUCAAAGAACAGUGCCAGCUCAUCCAGGGACGAGGUGGAGCUGCCGAAGGAGCUCACAGAGGACUGGAGCACCAUGGAGGUGUGCGUGGACUGCAAGAAAUUCAUCUCGGACAUCAUCUCCUCCAGCAAGCACAGCCUGUCGCUAGCCACCAAACGAGCCCGCUUGAAACGCAAGACCCAGUCCUUCAGCAUGGCCUCGGCCUCCCCCAAGGGGGGCGAGUACAAGCCCUCUGAGAGAACUAUCAACGAGGUGUAGACUGUGCACGGCUAUCCCUCCCUUAUUUCCACCUCAGCCCCUUUAAAAUGGCUCUCAGUGUAACUGCCCUCAAGCAGCCAUGUAUCUCUUUCUCUCUCUCUGUCUCCCUCUCAUUUUCCCUCUAAAUCUAUCUCUCUAUCUCUCUCUGUGUAAAAGACUGGGUCCUAUCUCUUUCUGUGUUUGUCUCAGUGAGUCAGUGUGUGUGUCAACAGGUUCAUAGGAGAGGGCUGUGGAGGCUGGCUAUUCCUCAUGUGGUGUGUAGUGGGUGGCGUUGUGCACGUGGGAUGUUAGUGCUUAUCAUCACGGAACAGCUCCUUCCAAACAGAGGAAGGCAUAGCUGGUUAUAUAUAUGUUCCUUCUCCAGUGUACAUAAAGAGUGCCUCAUGGUCAACCUACAUCCUCUCUCCUCCCUCCGCUCUGCUGGACAGCAGAGACGAGGGCGCAGAGUCCAUAGGUCAGUGUGUACAGUGUGGGUGGUGCCACGCCACGCCAAACAAACCUUCCCAUGAUGCACCUGGUCCCUAUCUGAAUGUCAGCUGAGGCGUAGCAUUUGGUUAUCAGCUGCCCUGUGUGUCAGGGCCAAGGAAAAGCACAAUUUCUUCCCACAGAGCAUCAGGAGAGGAUGAAAAGUCUGAUGGAGGAGAAGUUUAGCUCCUGCUGUGGUCUGAGCAUGGUUGCGCCUUCUUGGAGCCACUGAAGUAGAAGAUAGAGUGAAGAGCAACAAAUCUGAGAAGGGAUCUGGAGCAGUGAAAUUGUUGGUGUUUUCUACAAGUUUGACUUUUGUACAGAUUUUUUGGCCAACAUGUAUAGUUAUGUGGUCCAUUUCUGAGAUGGGUUUGUGAUGGAUAUUUUUGUAUGUUUUUUUAAACCUUUGGCAGAUUCAGAUAUUCUGCAUAUCAUUUUUGUGUUGUUUUUUUUGUUGCAGUUACUGGCUUUAGACAAAAUACUGCACAUUUUGCCACAAAUUUGCACUUUCAAAAGCACCCCUUCCCACCCCCUAGUAUUAAGAUUUUGAUCACGGACUAGGCAUUGUCAAAACCAAUACUGGCACACUCCAUCAUGAGAUUGACAUACAGUAACCAUGUCAGCCAUGACUAAACAGAUUUCAGCCAUUUACUCUCCUGGUUUGUUCUAACUCUGUCAUGUUACCAGUAUAGGUAAAUGUCAUGACAGUUCUCAUAAUGGCUCAUGCCAUGCAAUAUUAUGUCUGUCAUGGCAGUUAUCCAUGAUAGUAACUGUGGUAACAACAAUAGAAAUAGUCUGUCAAAUAAACAGUGUAUGACAUCAAUGUGAACUUCCAUGAUAAGUCCAACAAUUAAGGCCACAAAUAAAAUGUCUGUACUGAACAAAAUACUUCAAUAGUGGUAAACGUGUUAGCAAUUAGGGAAAGGAAAGAAAUGCUGCAUAUUAUAAGCUACAGGUAACACUUGCUUAUGUGAUCCAGGGUUUGUGGAUUUGUGUAAGGCAGGGGGCAGUCUAAUACUGAUUUUCAUGUAUGGUGACAUUUGUGGUGCCAAAGGGACUCAAUGUUUUCUUACUAAUGAUAUAGCACAGAACUCUGUAAAUACUAUAGCCACCUGUCACAUGUAGUUAAUCACAUGAAUCAUCUAAUUGGAUGCUGGUUUGAACAUGUUUAUAUGUAUAAAUGUAAUGUUUUGUACAUUAUUUUCAAAAAAACAAAAUCUGUGAGACUUCCAAGCCAGUCUCAUAACUGACAAAGUACUUUGAAUGAUUCAGUGAAAUCUGCAAAGCUGCGGUGAUGUCCUCAGUCAAAUGCUAAUAGUCUCCAAGUAUGUGUUCCUAAGCUGCAUACCAACAAUAAACACAGUACAGUAGUCUGAUUUUGUAGGAGAGCCCGUGAAAUAGCCCGUACACCUUUGAAUUAGUCAUAAUGUGCUUGCAGUAUGGCCAGAAGCAGAUGCUGUGCAUUUCUUUGGAAAUGUUGCCGUGUUUGAAUGGGGUUCUUUUUGCGAGUCUAUUUAUCCAUGGACAUGCUGUUUUCCUAACCUUGGCAGGUUGAUUUGUGUCACUUCAUAAUAUAAUCCUGGACGAAUGAGUUCCAUAUAAAUAAUUCAGAUGAUUUUUGUAUUCGUGACACAGGUGAACAACACUGAAAAUGUUACAUUUUACAAUAUUUAACACUCUAAAUCACAGACAACAAUGUAGGCAGAUUUGCACUCUUUUCCCAAAAAGGCACUUACAACCUCCAGAGUUGCCUCCAAAUUGCCAAUCAUAUAAUCAUAUGAUCUGAUUAUUAUAUUAAGAAGACCCACAUCACAAAAAAUACUUUUGAUCAUUUGAAAUUGUGCUAGUCGUUGGCUGCUUCUGGAGGUAUAGUACAGGGACGUAAAUAAAUGGAUAAUAUGCAUAUAACUCUUGCAAGUGUUCUAACCAUUAUUUUUUGUCUGACCGUGAACUAUUUAUAUUUAUUUUUAGUGUCAUCAUACAGGUCACUCCAACUGUAUUUCAUUUUAAUGUACCAAAAGGAGAUAACUGUUCAGACAGUGACAUGAACCCAUGUGAAGAUAUUGUUGUGUAUUCAGUGAACAUAUAAAUGGUUGCCCACAUUCCUGGGCUGUGAGGCUUAGUGUUGAAGUGGUCUGACACACAGUGUCAACAGCCAGUUCAUUCCUAUUAUGUUACCUUUCUCAGUGUAGCCUCCAGGUAGGCUGAAUUUCAUAAACCUUGCCAAUGAUUUUGCCUUAAAAACAUUGCCUUCUUCGUGUCUGCAUACAAAAACGUUAUCAUUACUAGCUGUAACAAUCACAAAGGACUUUAUGACUGGUAUCCAUGUUUUAAUCCGAGGCUGUGCUCCAAGAGAUGAUGUUUCCAACUGAUUUGAGAUCUCAUGGGCAGCCAAAAUCCAGACAGGCUUUCCAUCCAUCAUGUGGCAGCCAUGUGCAUGUCUACUGUGUAGCUUGUACUUCUGAAGUGUACCUGUGCUCUUUUGUUUGUUUGGUUUUUCAAGGUCUCAAGACAUGAUGAUAAUUAUAAUGAUGAUGACAGUAAUAAAUUCAUGCAAUACCUCUGAA